GAAUUGUGCGCCGGUCGCAGCAGAUUGACACAGGAUCUUGCCGGGAGCAGAGAACCGGGGUUUCGUGAAACAACAGAAAGAGGGGAUUGAAAUCAUGAUCACCUCGGCGGCUGGAAUUCUUUCCCUUCUGGAUGAAGAGGAACCUGAGCUAAAGGAAUUUGCACUGCACAAACUGAAUGCUGUUGUCAAUGAUUUUUGGGCAGAGAUCUCUGAAUCUGUGGAUAAGAUUGAAGUGCUCUAUGAAGAUGAGAGCUUCAGGAGCCGGCAGUUUGCAGCACUUGUGGCCUCCAAAGUGUUUUACCAUCUGGGGGCAUUUGAGGAGUCCCUGAACUAUGCCCUGGGUGCUGGAGAUCUGUUUAAUGUCAAUGACAAUUCAGAAUAUGUGGAGACCAUAAUAGCCAAGUGCAUUGACCAUUACACCAAGCAGUGCGUGGAGAAUGCAGAGCUCGCCGAGGGUGAAAAAAAGCCAGUGGACGAGCGUCUCGAGGGGAUUGUGAACAAGAUGUUCCAGCGCUGUUUAGAUGAUCACAAAUACAAGCAAGCCAUUGGCAUUGCUCUAGAAACACGUAGGCUAGAUAUCUUCCAGAAGACUGUCUUAGAAUCGAAUGAUGUCCCUGGGAUGUUGGCAUACAGCCUGAAGGUCUGCAUGUCCCUAAUGCAGAACAAGCAAUUCAGGAAUAAAGUCCUUAGAGUCCUGGUCAAAAUCUACAUGAACCUAGAGAAACCGGACUUUAUUAAUGUGUGCCAGUGCUUGAUCUUCUUGGAUGACCCACAAGCGGUCAGUGAUAUCUUGGAGAAACUAGUGAAAGAAGACAACCUCCUCAUGGCAUAUCAGAUAUGUUUUGAUUUGUAUGAGAGCGCCAGCCAGCAAUUUCUAUCCUCUGUAAUACAGAAUCUACGAACAGUUGGAGCUCCAAUUCCAUCCGUACCAGGUUCCACUAACACAGGAACGGUUCCAGCAGCUACCAAGGACAGUGAAGCAAUGGAGUCUGACGACAAGGCUGGGAAUUCAGUGGUUAGCAAAUCCCCUGAAGUGAACCCGGAGCCAAAAGAUCAAAUCUCCAAAAUGAUAAAAAUUCUCAGCGGCGAAAUGGCAAUAGAGCUGCAUUUGCAAUUUUUGAUACGAAACAACAAUACAGACUUGAUGAUUCUUAAAAACACUAAAGAUGCAGUGAGAAAUUCUGUGUGUCAUACAGCUACCGUCAUAGCGAAUUCCUUCAUGCAUUGCGGCACCACCAGUGACCAGUUUCUCAGAGAUAACCUAGAGUGGUUGGCCAGAGCGACAAACUGGGCAAAAUUCACAGCAACCGCUAGUCUGGGAGUUAUUCACAAGGGGCAUGAAAAGGAGGCUCUCCAGCUCAUGGCGACUUACCUGCCUAAAGACACAUCGCCUGGCUCUGCGUACCAGGAAGGGGGAGGUCUCUAUGCUUUGGGACUUAUUCAUGCCAACCACGGUGGCGAUAUCAUAGAUUACUUGCUUAACCAGCUAAAGAAUGCCAGCAAUGACAUUGUGCGUCACGGUGGUUGCUUAGGGCUUGGUUUGGCGGCCAUGGGCACCGCACGCCCGGAUGUUUACGAUCUUCUGAAAACAAAUCUGUAUCAGGAUGACGCAGUCACAGGAGAGGCUGCGGGUCUGGCUCUUGGACUGGUGAUGCUUGGCUCUAAGAACGCCCAGGCCAUUGAAGACAUGGUUGGCUAUGCCCAGGAAACACAGCAUGAGAAGAUCCUUCGGGGGUUAGCAGUUGGCAUUGCUAUGGUUAUGUACGGGCGAAUGGAAGAGGCUGAUGCGCUGAUCGAGAGUCUCUGCAGAGACAAGGAUCCGAUCCUGCGCCGUUCUGGCAUGUACACUGUGGCUAUGGCGUAUUGUGGAUCAGGGAAUAACAAGGCCAUCCGUCGUCUGCUGCAUGUUGCUGUUAGCGAUGUCAAUGAUGAUGUCAGAAGGGCAGCAGUCGAAUCUCUCGGGUUCAUCCUGUUCAGAACUCCAGAGCAAUGCCCGAGCGUUGUGUCGCUGCUUUCUGAGAGCUACAACCCUCAUGUCCGAUACGGAGCUGCAAUGGCCCUAGGAAUCUGCUGCGCUGGUACUGGAAACAAGGAAGCCAUUAAUCUUCUGGAACCCAUGACCAAUGACCCUGUGAAUUAUGUGCGUCAAGGGGCAUUAAUUUCAUCAGCGCUGAUUAUGAUCCAGCAGACUGAAAUCACCUGUCCAAAGGUCAGCCAGUUUCGGCAGCUUUACUCCAAAGUGAUUAAUGACAAACAUGAUGAUGUGAUGGCAAAGUUUGGUGCCAUCCUGGCCCAAGGAAUCCUUGAUGCAGGGGGUCACAACGUGACCAUUUCGUUGCAGUCACGGACAGGUCACACUCACAUGCCUUCUGUGGUUGGUGUUCUGGUCUUCACGCAGUUCUGGUUCUGGUUUCCCCUCUCACACUUCCUGUCUCUUGCUUUUACGCCGACCUGCGUAAUUGGGCUUAACAAGGACCUUAAGAUGCCAAAAGUUCAGUAUCGCUCCAACUGUAAGCCUUCAACAUUUGCUUAUCCUGCUCCCCUGGAGGUGCCCAAGGAAAAAGAAAAAGAAAAGGUGUCCACUGCUGUCCUGUCGAUAACAGCCAAGGCCAAGAAGAAGGAGAAAGAGAAGGAGAAGAAAGAAGAGGAAAAGAUGGAAGUGGAUGAAACCGAGAAGAAGGAGGAGAAAAAGAAAGAGCCUGAGCCCAAUUUCCAGCUUCUUGAGAACCCAGCUCGUGUAAUGCCAGCUCAGCUUAAAAUCCUGACCAUGCCAGAGGGCUUGAGAUACCAGCCCUUCAAACCUCUAUCUAUAGGUGGUAUCAUAAUCCUAAGAGACACCAGUGAGGAAGAGGAACAACUCGUGGAACCUGUUGCAGCUCACGGGCCAAAGAUUGAAGAGGAAGAGCAAGAACCAGAGCCCCCUGAGCCUUUUGAGUAUAUCGAUGACUAGAAAUAUCGCCUGUGUUUCUGUGUCUGAUGUCUUUAUCUGUGCUGGCCCCAGACACACACCUUUUAGAGCUGCAUGUUAAACGUGUGCCACAGCUGUACUGCCCCAUCCCAUGUGUGCAGGGCCAAGGAUUUAAUGUUACCGAUCCACACAAUCCGUUUUCAAAUAAAAAAAAAUCUGGAAAAACAAAA